AUGGUCGUCUUCUGGGGCUGCUUGGUUGGUGCGUUGCUGGUCGGCGUUGCGCUAGCUGGCACGGGGCACCAUCCGCUCCUCUUGGAGGCCAUUGCUCGUGGAGAUGCUGAAGCUUUGCUGCGCUGCGUCAGCGAUGCGUACCCACAGCUGCAAGAUGCCUUUGACUGGCCGGGAAGUGCAGAGCUGCGGAACCUGGCUUUCUCGCUGCGCCGUGCAGCGGCUGUACUCACUCCGGCAUUGGUUCCCUGCCUGGGCCCUCGCAUCGCAGCGGCGGCAUCAGCACCAGCCUUGGCAGGUUUGGAGGAAGCCCUUCAACAAGGAGAUGUAACGCUGCUUCAAGAAGCAAGACAACUGACGCAAGUGCUGCAGAGCCACGCUCCUGCACCGGUGUUGAAGCUCGUGACCUCCGUUGCCCAGCGGACGGAGCUCGAGGGGAGCAUGUCUCCUGACUGUCGAAUGCUGCGUGCAGCCUUCGAGCGAGGCCAGUGCAACGAGAUCGCAAACGUGGGUUUGGCGUGUAUUGGAAGCUUGGCGGAGGCCGCUCAGCGUUUAGAGACUGUCGGCACUUGGACUCUCGGAGGCCCUCAGCAGAUUGCACGCAAGCUUCGUUGGCAGUGGCGGUCUGACUUCGGAAAGACGCGCGAGGAAGGCUUGGUUCAGUUGCUCCGACAGCAGCAGAAAACGCUGGGCGAUGACCGCGCACUAAACAUGGCGGAGAUCGGAGUGUGGUACGGCAAUGUGUCAGUUCACCUCUUGUCUGAGUUCCCAAAGCUCCACAUGCUCCUGGUUGACCCUUACCAUCUGCGUUCAGAAGGUGUCGCAGACGAUCAACCACAAGGUUUCGGUGAGGCCCUGGACAUCGGGACCCGGCAAACGCAGCCCUUUCGAGAUCGUGCCACUCACCUCCUCCAGCACUCCGUGGAGGCCGCCGGCUGGGUGUCCAGGAGCUCCAUGGAUGUCGUGUACGUGGAUGGUGACCACAGCUACGAAGGUGCCGCCUCGGACCUGGACGCCUGGUGGCCCAUCCUCCGGACUGGUGGAACCAUGGUUGGUCAUGACUAUACGAUCACAUGGCCUGGGGUCGUCAGAGCCGUCAACGAGUUUGCCGAUGCCCACGGCUUGGACGUGAACUUCUCUGCAGAACUUUGGUGGUUUCUGAAGCCAGGCGACUAA